GUUAGUAGGUCAGUCGACAUAGAUAAGACAAAACUCUCUCGCAAACUUUGGACUGUUUGAUUUCUAUAUCGCGCCACAGUCAACGUUCAGUAAGUUGUCUACGUUUUCUUAUUUUCUUUUAAAUUCGAAUCUGAAACAGUUUUUCAAGAGAAAAUUCUCAAGUUCGUUUCUCAGUAUGGGUUUGAUUGGUUUCGACAAAAAUGAUCUGUUCGGAUGUUUCACUGACUUCAAAGUGUGCCUCUGCGUCUUCCUCGUCCCAUGCUAUGUACAGGGAAAGAUAGCGGAGACCCUUGGCAAAAGCUGUCUGCUUCAUACCCUCUGCUUCUUCGUGCCUAUCUUGGAUGUGGUAGAUGCCACAUGUAUCCGCAGUGAUGCGAUAGGGGAGAAUAUAAUAAUCAGUCUGCUGGUGAUUCUCCUCUGUUACCCCUUCGCCAUCUGUCAAGAAGCCAGAGUGAAGGGGGCUGACCUGAUGGCAGGCGACCAGACAGCUGUGCCCAUGGACAGAGCCUGAACAAACAAUCAGGGAACAAUGGAACUCGAGAUGAAGUCUAUCAGUAUAAAAAAUAUAAUGAUUGGUGAAGCGAACUGCAAACAAAGCUAAGCGAUGGAUUACAUUAUCAGUCAGACAGAAGUUAUCGUUUUGUUCAAUUGAGUUA